AUGUAUAUGUAUGACCAGAAGAAAAAAAAAAAAAAAGAGGAGCCAGUGAGGGAGGGAGGCUCUUUCCAAAUUAGACAACAAAACAAACAAAAAAAAAAAACAAUACACACAGGACACAUUUUUUUCUUCCCCAACUCCCCAAACAUGUCAAUUAGUGAUGAAUAUGAAUCGCUUGAAGUUAUAGGAAAAGGAUCAUUUGGUACCGUACGACGAGUGCGUCAUAAGGAUGGGCAGAUAUUAGUACGAAAAGAAAUUGAAUAUACGUCUAUGACGAGCCAAGAGAGAAACCACAUUAUAUCAGAGUUGCGGAUUCUUCGAGAGUUGGAUCAUCCACAUAUUGUCAAGUACUACCGACAUGAUCAUAUACCGGAGAAGAAGAUGAUACAUAUCUAUAUGGAGUAUUGCGAAGGCGGGGACUUGGCAAGGGUUAUUAAGAAUUUUAAGGGCAGCAAGAGCCGGAUCCCUGAAGAGUUUGUGUGGCAGGUGCUUGUACAGGUGUUGUUGGGGUUAUACCGAUGUCAUUAUGGCAUUAAUGCUGAGAAGGUGGAUUUGUUUAAGACGGCCCAGGAGCCAAAGUAUACCAAUACCAUUAUACAUCGGGAUAUUAAGCCUGAUAAUAUAUUUGUGGGGACAUGUAUCAAGUUGGGGGAUUUCGGGUUGGCAAAGAUGCUUAGUGGGAAUGAUUUUGCCAAGACAUAUGUGGGGACUCCGUAUUAUAUGUCGCCCGAGGUAUUGUUGGAUGAUCCGUACUCGCCGGUGUGUGAUAUUUGGUCGUUAGGGUGUGUGUUGUAUGAGUUGUGCACUUUGGAGCCACCAUUCAAGGCAAAGAGUCAUUUACAGUUACAGGCAAAGAUUAAGCGUGGGGUUAUUGAGGAUGUACCGGACUGCUAUUCGCUGCAGUUGCGGACACUUAUUCGGCUGUGCAUAACGGUGGAUCCGGAGGAACGGCCUACGUGUUUUGACUUGAUUAAUUCGUUGGCAGUAAGGUUUUUGAGGAAGGAGAUGGAGUUGAAGGAGAUGGAGGAGAAUUUAGAGGAAUAUAAGAAGCAGUUGUUGAAAAGGAGCAAGGAGUUGAAAGAGACAAGUAGGGAGUUGGAUGAGUAUAAGCAAGAGUUGACCAAGAGGGAGAGAUUUUUGGAUGAGGAGUUUGAGAUGAGGAAACAGGCAAUAGAAAUGGAGUCAAAAGAAAUUAGGAUGGAGUACCAGAGAGAGUUUAAUAUGGUGGUCGAGCAGGAGGUUAGGAGGAGAAUGGAAAGGAAACCGCAUGGGCCAAGGGCACUUGAGGAGGUCAAUCCAAGGAGUCCGUUGAAAGAGAGGAACAAGCCCAGGGUUACUGAUGCAUUGGAGAGGCUUCAUUUAGAGAAAAGACACACCCCAGAGUUUGAGUAUGUAAGCAAAUAUAGAUGA